GACUGCAGCAUUUUACAUUCCCAUUAACAGUGUACAAGGGUUUCACCUUCUUCUCGUCCUCACCAGUACUUGUUGUUUUCUGGUUUGGGUUUUUUUUGCUUUUGUUUUCAGUAGCCAUCUUGGUGGGUGUGAGGCGGUGUCUCCUGUGGCCUUGAUUUGCAUUUUUCUAAUGAUUAGUGACAUUGAGCAUCUUUUCAUGUGCUGAUCGGCCUCAGUUUCUCAGCUGUAAGAGGAUUAUGCUGCACCCUCACCCCAGAUUGUGUGCAGAGGGCCUGCAGUAACAUACGUGUGUAAAAUGCGCAUCUUAGUGCCUGACACACAGUAAGAGGUCGAUAAAUGGCAGCUGCUAUUAAGAAGAUGUUAUCAAUAUAUAGUAAUUCUCCAAAAAAUAUUUGACCAUGUCUUUUCCUUGCAAUUAAAUUGAAUUCUUACUAAAUUAUUAGUAAAGAGAGUCAGAGUUUUUACAAAAUGUUGUAGGCACUGGCAUUUAUUAAUGUGCAUAUGCUACUUCUUGGCUGAAAAAUAAGUCAAGGUAUUUAGGUUAUCAGGCCAGGUAGUUCUGGUACUUAGCAUUAUAAGUAUGUGGCCGAUAGCACGAUCCUUGAUCUGUGGCUAUGCCUGUGUCCACAAGAUGUAACUGUGAUGCUGCAUCACCUCUACUCUAUUAGUCUUGAUCUUAAAAUUGAAAACUGAUCUCUUAAAUCACUUGACAUUUUAAGUUACUUUUUCCCUUUGCUGCUUUCUCAGCCUUUGGCAAACUUUUUUUUUUUAACAUGGUUUCACCUUCAUCUUUAUAAACCGUUCGCCCUUGCACAUCCUUGAGAAGGGAUGGUCUUGAAAACUUUAAUGACCUGGGUGCUUAUGAUCUAGUUUUAAAAAUAGGCUGUAAAAUUUUGUGAUCCUAACCGUUACCAUUAAAAGCGUAUUAAAAGCUGUCGCAGCGUUGCUUGUUCUUAUUCCACUCACACCCGCGACCCACUCGAAGGGAAUGAGCUAAAGUACCAGCAGCAGUUGUGAAAGAGACAGCAGGGUAUUUCACCUGUAAUCCUGUUUCCUGUUUCAUGAUGUGUGUAGUGUGGUUAUUACCUUUAUAAUGUGUAAUAAUUAUAUAAUAAAUACAUAACAUAUAAUAAAUAUCUAGCUGUGUGACUCUAGUACAUGGCCAACAGCCCUGAGUGGGUGAGAGGAGGUGUGAUCGCCACCCCUCAGGGUAGGGGUCACCAGAUUUUUCUGCUCUUCCUUUUUCUGUGGGAGCACAUGACGAGCUCUUAGGGCUCAGGAAACACUACAUGAAGGUGAUGACCAGAGAAUGUACUCUUCUCUGUCAGAUGGUCGUUUCAGCUCCUUUUGUGUAAAAGCCCACCCCACCCUUUGUCUGCUGACCUGUUUACCAUAAGUAUGUAUUAAUUUUUCCAUUUAAAAAAGUGAAGAGUAAACAACAACAAAAAACAGUAAACAACAGCUGCAGAGGUGGAUAGAGAUUGCACCCAAAUUUCUGCCUAAUGAACUUUUAGGUUCAUUUUAUGAAAAUGUAUUAGAUACCAGGUACAUAGUCGAAUGCAUACGAGGAAUAUAGACUCAGAAGUGUACACUGGGAGAGGUCCCAGAGGGUGCACAAUGCGGGACCCUCCCCUAGAACACCCCAGACGUGCUCCGUCCGUCUGUGCCCCGAUGCCUGCAGUGACAGAAGUCCUAGUACGGCUUCACAAACAGCCCGUUCUUAAGUGGUUUGGGCCCACUUAUAAUCAUUAGUGUUCUUUCCUUAGGCUCGACUCAGUUUCUGAGUGGUAUCUUCUGAAGCUGCUCUCUCUCCCAUGUGACAGCCCUCCAGAUAGCUGAAGCCCCGACACGAAUGUCACUUCCAGCCUGCACAGCCCCUCCUCGUACAGGUGCUGUGGACCAGGAGGCUGAGAGCCGGCAGCAGCCUGCACCGCUCACAGCACGCUGUCGGCCUCACACGGGGGCCCGUCUCAAGUGUUGGUUUGGAUGACGUGUGCACAGAAGAAGGGGUUUGGGCGGGAGAAGGGCUUCCUCGGAGGGCAGCGUCCGGUCUCUACAGGAAGCUGAAGUGAAAGGAUCCGGGGAAGAGGCCCCCGCAUCCAUGGACACAAUGACCAAAAGCCGGUUCUUCCGCCUGUGGCUGGUCUUGGGGUCCGUCUUCAUGAUCCUCUUGAUCAUCGUGUACUGGGACAACAUGGGCACCGCCCACUUGUACCUGCACACUUCCCUCUCCAGGCCUCACAUCCUGCAGCCCUUCCCCAGCCCCAAGCCAGGGGAUGGCAAGUAUUUCACCGCCAGCAUUGAGGAGAUUUUGGAGAAGCUCCUCAGUGCUCAUGCGAAGCAGAACAUCCUUCUGGGUAGAAAGGUGGAGCAGCCCUCCCUGCUGGCCUCCAGCAAGCCUGUGCUCAGCAACAUGGAAGAGAGUGUGAGGGGCUACGACUGGUCCAGCCACGACGCCCAGCAGAGCCCGGACCCGGACAGGCGGCAGGCCGAACGGAGGAGCGUGCUGAGGGGCUUCUGCGCCAACGCCAGCUUUGUGUUUCCCGCCAAGGAGCGCUCUUUCGAUGACAUUCCCAACUAUGAGCUGAACCACCUCAUCGUGGACGACCGCCACGGGGUCAUCUACUGCUAUGUGCCCAAGGUGGCCUGCACCAACUGGAAGCGCGUGAUGAUCGUCCUGAGCCAGAGCCUCUCGGACCAGGGCACACCUUACCGUGACCCCCUGGACAUCCCCCGGGAGUACGUCCACAACUCCAGCACCCACCUGACUUUCAACAAGUUUUGGCGCCGCUACGGGAAGUUCUCCCGCCACCUCAUGAAAGUUAAGCUGAAAAAGUACACUAAGUUCCUGUUCGUGCGGGACCCCUUCGUCCGCCUCAUCUCGGCCUUCCGCAGCAAGUUCGAGCUGGAGAACGAAGAGUUCUACCAGAAGUUCGCCGUCCCCAUGCUGAAGAGGUACUCCAACCACACCAGCCUGCCCAAGUCGGUCAGCGAGGCCUUCAGUGCAGGCCUCAGGGUGUCCUUCGCCAACUUCAUCCAGUACCUGCUGGACCCUCACACCGAGAAGCUGGCGCCCUUCAACGAGCACUGGAGGCAGGUGCACCGCCUCUGCCACCCCUGCCAGAUAGACUACGACUUUGUGGGGAAACUGGAGACCCUGGACCAGGAUGCCACCCAGCUGCUCCGGCUUCUCAAGGUGGACAAGCUGCUCCAGUUCCCCCCGAGUUACCGGAACAGAACUGCCAGCAGCUGGGAGGAAGGUUGGUUUGCCAAAAUUCCCCUGGCCUGGAGGCAGCAGCUUUACAAACUCUACGAAGCAGAUUUCGUCCUCUUUGGCUACCCCAAGCCUGAAAAUCUACUUAGAGACUGAAGGCGUUAGGGGAAAAUCCUGAACACCAAAAAAAAAAAAAAAAGUGCUUGUGUUGUUACUUUAAACCUGAAUGAAGGGCCUGUGGUACCGCGACCAUCUCCCGGAGGAUGGAGCAAUGCGUUGCCGCAUAUAUUUUUAUAUGGCUUUGUUUCUCUCCUGGUGUGACACAUCGCAGAAUUCCACAGUGCUCCUGUUGGCGAGUCAGCUGGAAACACCUGGAAUUGACCACACCCACACUCUUUGUAAAAUACCCUGCGAUUUUGCAGUCUAGACUUGCUGUUUACUCCCUCCCUGUAUUCAUUGAGUACUGUGUUAAUAUUGUUUUUUAAGAUUAAUAUAUUUCAGAUAUUUAAUAUGAAAAGUGGAGAAGGAAAUGGUGGAGUAAAAGGUUACAUCUGCUC